GAGGAGGGCAAUCCCUGCUUUUAUUUUUCUUUCCAGACGGCCGCAGUUAGGCAUAAAAACAAAGUGGGAUCAGAAGAGCUUUGAGGCCGACACUUGCGCUCAUGCCCUCGUCUGCAGCGAAGCAACUGGAGGCGUAAAACUGAGGAGAUUUUUUUUUUAAUUCACUUUAUCUUUCCAUUGUUAAAAAAAAGGGAAGCGCUGUGCUAAGACAAGAAAAACAAAACAAAAAAAAGAAGAACCGGACAAUUGUAAAUAAAGUUAGACGAGUGAGCGAGUGCGCACUUUACGCACCUAGGGCGCACCAUGAAACUGUGACAUGUUGGCGCGUCUCGACGCAGUUUCUCUCCACGAGUCAGACCUUAUUAUUGUCCCUGCUGUUGUUGUGUCUUCAGGAAACGCAGCAAGCAUGUGUCGUGGCUAGAAACUUUUGUAAAAACGCUCACAGAAAUCCCCGAGAAGACUGAGCCUGACGCAUCAUGGGGGCCAAACAGAGCAGCCCUACUGUGUAUGACGGCAGAACUCGAGCUUAUUCCAGCUCUGACCUCCCGUCUGGAAACGCUGCUGCUGGAGUGGGGGAAAGGGUUGCGGGCUUUCGGUACACCAAUGGACCCGAUGGGCCCCGGAUCCGAUACACGGCUGGCGGGCCCACCAGCUCCGGGCUGAGUAUCCCGACCGGUGGCAGGUCGGGGUCACAGAACCAGGACCUGGAUGGUCCAGAUGGAGAGGAGGGCCAGCUGCCCCCCGAGGGCCACAGACUGCUCAUAGGGUCUCUGCCGGCCCACCUGUCCCCUCGCCUGCUGGGAGGGUUUCACUGUCCAGUUUGCUCCAAGUUUUUGGCUGUGGAUGAAAUGGAGAAGCACCUGCUCAUGUGUUUCAGCAAAACGCGCCUCACCUACAACAAGGACAUCCUGUCCAGAGACUCUGGGGAAUGUGCCAUCUGUUUAGAGGACCUGGAGCAGGGAGACACCAUUGCCAGACUGCCUUGCCUUUGUAUCUACCAUAAAGGGUGCAUUGAUGAAUGGUUUGGGGUGAAUCGCUCGUGUCCGGAGCAUCCGGCGGACUAGGAGCCGCCGAUGUCCGGUUUCAGUCUGCAGAAAAUCACCGAGGCUGGCUCUCUGCCCCGUCCUAAUCCCAACACUGUCUGUUCCAGCUGAGCAUCAGCUUUCCUCAGGGAUUGUAAGACAUUAAGAUGCAAAGAAACACUCUGUAUUGCCUCACGGAAAAGCAAUGGACUUUGGAUAUGUCUCUCCACGGGGUGUGAAUUUAGAAAAAAAAAAAAAACCCCAGGGGACUCCUUCUGCCUCCAGAAUACAUGUGAAUGUUCCUUACACCACUUGUUGGCCUGAAAUGGGUGGAUGCAACCUGGAGUCUGAUCCAAGCGGUUCUUGUGAAAUGGGUGGGGUUCUGACAGCGGAGGACUCGUUUGACCCGGUCGGUGGACGGAGGUUUUGGCCAAGUGACUGCUGAGAGACUUGGUGAGGAGGCUGAUGUUGUGCAAUACAAAAAAGCAGCCAAACAGAAUUCAAAAACAAAGUCUGUGUCAGCUUUAAGGGAUAAUUGCAGUGUUUAACGGUAGUCGGGGAAUAGAUCCUAUUCCAGACCGGCUGUCUGUGUUGUGUGUGAAACAAUCAUGCGUCCUAAACCCAAUAAGAUAGUCAGACUGUGUGAAUCACUUGGCCAUUUAGUACCACGGUAAUGUGAUUGUGUAGUUUAGUGGUGAAAUUAAAUAAAGGUUAAGACAUUAUUUAAUGAUGAUUCAUGCUCUUUCUAAGGAGUGCCAUAAUGUGCUGCUAAGUCAACGACUGGAAAGUUUUCCUAUAACCUUUGAACCUGAUUCUUCGUCGUUCUUUUCAGUUUGUACUGUAAUGAGUUGCACAUCAAUAAAUGUUUUAUCUUUUUGUGUUUUGUCCUGCA